AUGACAGUUUGUCUUAGCAAGCUUGCUAAGGAUGAGCGGCUCCAUAUCCAUGAUUUAUUCGAUACUCAUCCGGCUUCCACCGUCAUUCAGAUUUUGGCCCACUGCGUAUUUGGCAUUCUCGGUAUUUUCCUUGCGAUAGCAGUCAUUGUCGUGCCUGCACUAGCAUCUAUCUACUCAAACAAGAGUGGUGCAGGAAAAGGCUUCGCCACAGACAUCGACUAUGCCUUUGGCGACGACCUCUCCAAGAAAAUUCUGCCACGUGCCAUAGUCAUUUUUACGAUCGGGUUCUGGUUGUUGGAUGCCUCGAUCGUGUUGACCAAGGCCUCCUGCCAAGCCUUCCUUAUUGUCCUUGCCAGCCGCGACGAACGGAAGAUCACAUUGACAAACACAUUCUCCACAUUCUUCAUGGCAGUGGAAAACCUAAUGGGUUUCUUCUCUGUGUUCGUGCAUACGUUCCCAUUUCCGGCGACAAAAGCAUGCCACUCUGACGACUACUGCAUAUGGGUGAAAAGCGUAUUAUUCUCAGCGAUCCUCCUUCUACUUUCUUUGAAAACUAUGGUUCUAUACUUCAUCUGGGAUAAGCCGUCAUUACUUGAGGAGGAGACACAUGAGGGGGAAGAGAAGGAUGAUUGA